AUGCUUUUUGAAUUCUUGCUCGGCAUCUUAGCCCUAGCUGUCUCAACUGCCUCAUCUAUCGACUUUUUGGAACAGAACCGCCAUAGUGAUUGCGGGACUCAAACGACUCUUGAGGAUUUCCAGACAGUCAAAUUCCUUUACGGCCUUCCUGAUAUAUCAAGGUCCGAGCAGAAUGAUAUUGUUAUCGACACCUAUAUGCACAUCAUCAGACAUUUCAAUGAAACAGAACCAGUCACUCAGCAACAAAUUGAUAUGCAGUUUCGCCGGAUCGUGGAAGUCUUUAAAGGUACUGGGUUCACUUUCAAUUUGAAGAAUGUUACGUGGACAAUAGACAAGAAGUUGUCAGAUAUUCGCAACUUCAACGCCAUAGCACAAGGACGCGCUCUCCGCCAGGGCACGUACAAACACUGA